UUCAAAUUUGGAUAAUUAUUACGAACUGUUCUAUAUUUUCUUCUCUUAGAAGUUCGUGCCAUUACAACUCUCUAUUAUCUCACAUUUUUUUUUUUCAAUCACCCAAAUCACUAAAUGACUAUCCAAUCUUCUUCUCCUACAACUAAAGAUCACCUACAGAAGGAACCCAGGAGUUCAUAUUUCAAUCUUCCACCGCUUGAUGUAUCCGUUGCAUUUCCACAGGCUAAACCUGCAUCUGUGUUUCCUCCUUGUGUAUCUGACUACUAUCAGUUUGAUGAGUUGUUGAAUGAUGAGGAGAGGGCUAUUCGCGCAAAAGUUAGAGAGUGCAUGGAAAAAGAAGUUGCGCCUAUCAUGGCAGAGUACUGGGAAAAGGCAGAAUUUCCAUUCCAGAUUAUUCCAAAGUUGGGGGCCUUGCACAUCUCCGGUGGGACAAUUAAGGGUUAUGGUUGUCCAGGCCUAUCCAUUAUCGGAAGUGCUAUUGCUACAGCGGAAGUUGCUAGAGUUGAUGCCAGUUGUUCUACGUUUAUACUGGUGCAUUCUUCUCUGGCAAUGCUAACGAUUGCAUUGUGUGGAUCAGAAGAUCAAAAGCAGAAAUAUUUGCCUUCUUUAGCACAAUUAAAAACUGUAGCAUGUUGGGCAUUGACUGAGCCUGACAAUGGAAGUGAUGCAAGUGGGCUACAAACAACUGCUACAAAGGUUGCUGGGGGCUGGAUUUUGGAUGGUCAAAAACGCUGGAUUGGUAAUAGUACAUUUGCAGACUUGCUCAUCAUUUUUGCAAGGAACCCUGCAACAAAUCAGAUAAAUGGAUAUAUUGUUAAAAAAGAUGCACCUGGGCUCACUGCUACUAAAAUACAGAACAAGAUAGGAUUGCGGAUUGUUCAGAAUGGAGAUAUCAUCCUAAAGAAGGUUUUUGUCCCUGAUGAAGACAGACUACCUGGUGUCAAUUCUUUCCAAGAUACAAAUAAGGUACUUGCAGUUUCGCGUGUCAUGGUAGCGUGGCAACCUAUUGGAAUUUCCAUGGGUGCUUACGAUAUGUGUCAUAGGUACUUGAAAGAGAGGAAACAAUUUGGUGCACCUUUGGCUGCCUUCCAAAUUAACCAGCAGAAACUCGUACAGAUGCUCGGCAAUGUUCAGGCAAUGUUCCUUAUUGGUUGGCGUCUUUGUAAAUUGUACGAAAGUGGGAAAAUGACUCCUGGUCAGGCAAGCUUGGGAAAGUCAUGGAUAACCAGCAAGGCAAGAGAGACAGUUGCUCUUGGUCGAGAAUUACUCGGAGGCAAUGGAAUCCUUGCCGAGUUCCUUGUCGCGAAGGCGUUCUGUGACCUUGAGCCCAUCUACACCUAUGAAGGAACAUAUGAUAUCAACACAUUGGUGACAGCAAGAGAAGUCACGGGUAUCGCCAGCAUCAAAGCUCCUGCAAGGAGCCGCCUGUAGUGUUAAGUAUACAAGGUUCGAAUCAAUAAAGCGGAAUUCUGAUCUAGGAAGUAUUUAUUCGCUGAACUCGAAAAAUUGUACUGCUCUUCUAGUUGCUCCGAUGAAGAGACGCCUUAGUACGUGUUGUAUGCUUAAACUUAUGGUAGUAUUCUACAAGAAACCGAGCACGCUUGUAAUAAUAGCAUGAAAGUUCUUGUACAUCUAAGAUACGAAGGUUUAGUUCGAUUGAAAUAUCUGGUUGGUCUUUA